AUGGAUCCCGACAAUGCUUCUUCAUCUUUUUCUUCACCAUUCCGUAAAACCGUAGACGUGCAACCCUUCAAAGAAUCCAUCAAUAAUCCAAUAGAUGUGCAACAUGUAGAUAAUCAAGGGAAAUCUUUGUUGUUUGGGGGUGAGAAGUAUGGCUAUGGCCAAAUUCAACCACCUUCUGCUGCUCGAGCUAUGAACCCAACGAAUAUUUCUCUAAUUUCCGGUGGCUAUCAGAGAUAUAGAUAUGGAGAACCACCAUCUGUUGAAGAUGUGAGGCAAAUCUUGCGUUCUCAAGCUUUAAACGGCGACCAGAGAUAUAGUUAUCAACAACCAUUGUCUGUUGCAGUUGUGAGGAAAAUCUACGGUUCUCAACCUUUCAACAAUAAGCAGAUAUAUAGUUAUGAUUAUGGAGAACCACCCUCUAUUGGAGCUGUGAGGGAAAUCUACGAUUCUCAACGUUUCAACGACGACCAUAUAUAUAAUGAUGCAAAACCACCGGCUGUUGGAGCUGUGAGUCAAGUAUUAGGUUCUCACCGUUUCAAGAGUGACCAUAAAUAUAAUUAUGGAGAACCACCGUCCGUUGGAGUUGUGAGGCAAAUCAUAGGUUCUCAGCCUUUCAACAAUAAGCAGAUAUAUAGUUAUGGUUAUGGAGAACCACCCUCUGUUGGAGCUGUGAGGGAAAUCUACGAUUCUCAACCUUUCAACGACGACCAUAUAUAUAAUGAUGCAAAACCACCGGCUGUUGGAGCUGUGAGGCAAGUAUUAGGUUCUCACCCUUUCAAGAGUGACCAUAAAUAUAAUUAUGGAGAACCACCGUCCGUUGGAGGUGUGAGGCGAAUCAUAGGUUCUCAACCUUUCAACAAUAAGCAGAUAUAUAGUUAUGGUUAUGGAGAACCACCCUCUGUUGGAGCUGUGAGGGAAAUCUACGAUUCUCAACCUUUCAACGACGACCAUAUAUAUAAUGAUGCAAAACCACCGGCUGUUGGAGCUAUGAGAUAUUUAAUGGAUGAUGCGAGAGUUUAA